AUGGCAGCGAUAGAUUUUAUCUCGCCCAGUGCAAUGGGCAUGGGCAUGGGCAUGAGCAUGAGCAUGAGCAUGAGCAUGAGCGACAUGGACACUGACCGUGACACUGGCAUCGACAUGUACAAGACUGGCCUCCUCGGCGAUACCGAUAUCGAUCUUGAUAUCUUCUCCGUGAACCCCUUCGAUUCCGGUUUUGACCUCGCUUCCUCAUGUCCCCCUGAACCGCCUACCACAAGCUUCGACAGCCCGCAGGCAAAUUUUGCUCCAAUCACAAACGCAUUUCAACUACCGGACCUUCCCCCCUGCACGGCCGAUGAACAGCUGCAAUUAUGGUCAAUGGUGGAUAUGGACGAUGGAUCCGACCACCUGUCGUGGGGUACACCGUCACUCCAACAAGACUCAAGCACGAACGGCGACGAAGACGCCACAUCACCAAGCAUUAAAUCAUCCACUUCCAUAGAAGGGCCAACCAAUUGUCUCCGGGACGCCUCGUCUCGAUCAACUUCAAUAUCUGAUACCCAAACACGAGUCGCAAACCGAAAACCUCACCCGCGCACCACGUCCGCCAUAAAAUCUUCGUCAGAUCCCAAAAGGGAACCCCGCAAGCGCGGGCGGAAGAAAAAGACCCCCCGCAACGAAAGCGAGCAAGAGGCCAUACGGUCACGCUUCCUAGAACGGAAUCGUGUCGCGGCCUCAAAAUGUCGAGAAAAGAAGAAGAAAUGGGUGGAUGAACUGGAGACUAGGAGAGUAGAGGUUGAGAUGGAAAAUUCGAGAUUGCGCAAAUUGCAAGAUGAAUUAUUCGCAGAGAUUGGUUAUUUGAGAGAAGAAUUAGGGAGGCAUGAGGCUUGCGGGCAUGACAAAAUAGAGGGACUCGCUGAGAAGCGUCGGCCCUCCACGAUUGGGGUUGAAUGGACCACUUGUGUGGAGGAUCCAGUUCCUGAGAAGACUGAUUGCCUGGAAACGGCUGAGGAGGAAGAGAAGUUUGUGGAAAUGGCUGUGGAUGAUACACAGCAUGUCUCCGAGGCUAUCCACAAGGCCUGA